CGUUGAUCUGGUAUCAUCGGCACCACACAUUCUUUCUCUCUCUCUGUACUUUAUACCCUAUCACUCGAUCUACACCUGUCACCAUGUUCAUCAAGAACGGCCUGCUUCUCUCCCUGGCGACCAGCGUGCUGGCCACGCACGGCGCCCGCUCCCACUCCCAGGCCGCCACCAGCAAGCUCUCGAAGCGCUUCACCUUCCCUAUCCCCAACUCUGAGGGCAGCGUCACCCUCGACGAGGUCUAUGAGAUCGACGGCGAGACCUUUGACGGCGGCAUGAAAACCUACGGCCGUGGCGUCUCCUGCACUGGUCAAGACGAAGGCGGCGACUCUGACGCCGUCUUCAUCGUCAAGAACGGCGGUACCCUCAAGAACGUCAUCAUCGGCUCGGACCAGAUCGAGGGUGUCCACUGCGAGGGCUCCUGCACUAUCGAGAACGUCUGGUGGGAGGCCGUUUGCGAGGACGCCCUCUCCCUCAAGACUGGUGACGGCCCCUUCAACGUCGUUGGUGGUGGUGCUCAGGGCGCCGACGACAAGGUCAUCCAGCACAACGGUGGCGGUACCGUCAGCAUUUCCGACUUCACCGUCUACGACUUCGGCAAGCUCUACCGCUCCUGCGGAAACUGUGGCGACCAGUACGAGCGUCACGUUGUCAUUGAGGGAGUCACCGCCGUUGACGGCAAGUACCUUGUUGGCAUCAACAGCAACUACGGCGACACUGCCACUAUUGACAGCGCUACUUGCGCCACGGAUGUCAAGACCAUCUGCGCUGAGUACAAGGGCACUGACAACAACGACGAGGAGCCCGAGGAGGUCAGCGAUGGCCCUAGCGACUACUGCAUCUACACUGAGCCGCUCUCUGAGUGCUAG